GCCCGUCGUAAAAGUGUCUUCUACUCUAGGCUUUGAUCUCUCAUUUUCACCGCGCUUCCGUUUUCGGGGCUGUAAAGUCCGAAUGUGUAUCCUUAUACAGCUACGGACUCUGCAAUAUAGAUAAAAAACUGUAUGCUAAACGAAAUCUCAAUUCGGCUUAACGGCUCCCCCGAUCUCCGACUGUAAUAUGCCUCUUGUAAAAUUUAUCAAGCAAAAUUCAAUCAGCCUUAUACACUCACGGCAAGUGAGCUAUCCGAAAGCGCAGUUUGAAAAAUCGGUAUAAGAGCACACACACACACACACACAGAGCCGUAAAAAGCGCAGUGGGUUAUCGUGGAAGCUUUGAUCGGGGAAGGAAUUUUUAUGGGCCUCAUAGCCGAGAGCCUCGCCGCGUGUAUUUGCGACUGCGGGCCGCAAAAGGGCUGCCCCUUUUUUCUCUCUCUCUCUCUCUCUCUCGCGUAGGCAUCAGCAGUAGGCAUGGACUGGGGUUAUUAGGAGCGAUAUCCGACUAUUUGUUUGCUGAGGUCUCUACGCGUGUGUCUGCUGAGCCUCUCGGGGUAUAAAAUGCAUUAAGAGGUUUUCAAAGCUUGUAAAGUUGCUGUUUCCUUUUGGUUGCGGACGUUGCCGAGCGCCGGCAGAAAUUAUGGUGGCUUUAUGGUGGCCCUUUUUUUCUUCUUUUCGAAAUACUUGCACGAUGUCGCAACGCAGAAGAUUAAUCAGGAGGCUGAUGCGUGUUCAUAACAAAUGUAUUGUCGAGAUAAAUAAUUAUUUCAGCGAGUUCGACUUAUUCCUUUCAGUCCGGAGUUGAGAAACGAGGACUCGCGGGCAAACACAACGGCACUCGUGAUGCGCGCGCGACUUUCAACCGAAAUGCUGCUUCUCCUCAAAUAUAAAGGCGACGUCGACGUACACACAGACAGACGCGCGAUGCGCUUUGUGUUGAUUUUUCUCAUUAUUAAGUGUACCAGCGGAGCCGACGGCGCGCCUAUAGAGGGAGGAUCUUUUUCGGCAACCGAUCGCCGUGUGUUUACUCAUUUUUCUUGCUUUCAACUUGUACCAACUGCGAUGCCCGGCGCGAAUUAACGUUUUAAAUACACUUGCAAAAAUAGUAUAUACUACGAUCAAUUUACCUCGAGUGACAUGUCGUCCAAAAGGUCCUUCAGCACGAAGCUUAUAAUAUCUUGAAAAAAUCGUCGUCGCACAGAGUCACACAAUAAUCGUCACACAAAACUUGGAUCGUCGAAAUCGCUCGCGCGCUAUCGAAGCGAAAGUUGGCGCGCGUCAAACUGCCCGUUCGUCGCGGAAAAUCGACGAAAAAUCGCUCCUACAUCCCUCUUCUUUUUUCCUCGUCCCGACUCGAGUAGGCGCGGCCGAGAGCCUCGCGAUUGGUUACCAGCUCACCACAUCCCCGAGACCGAAUGGGCCCGAGACCAAUGGUUGCGAGCCGUGCUCUAAGCACCAAUGGCAACGGGGCCUCGGACGUUCUCUCGGCUCGGUUAAUUAGGGCCAAUUAACGCGCUCGGGCAGUGGCGAGCUCGGCAGUCGGUGCCACGGCGCGUUCGCCGGCUAGUGUGAAAUAUCGCGCCCUGGUGUUACAAGCUGACAGCGAGUGAGCUGCAGCUCCUGCGCCCAACUGUGUCUUUUGUCUUUCUCUCUCUCUCUCUCUUUCCGCGCGCGUUUUUCUCACCCGGAGGCUAAGUGAUAUCGCGCGCGCGUGUGUGUGCGAGUUUGCGUGAAUCGCUGCGAAAAAAAAAACAGCUGCAGAGGAUGCCACUCGUCGCGACGAGACAGGCUACCGGACUUUUUUUCUCCAGGAGCUGAUAAUUAAGAGGUCUAUCGAGCUGCCGAGACAAACGCUACUGCUUGUACACGGGAAGACGUCGACGCCGGGGAGGGAGAAGUGUGAUCAGCAGUCGAGGAAAAUGCAAACCGUGGCGUCGAGCGACCAGGACGACAGUCCUGCGCGCUGCCGAUCCGAGCGCGACGGCAAAGAUCGGCAGGAACUGCAAACGAUCGGCGGCGACGAGAGGGACGAUCGCGCGGACGUUCAGCAAUGCGGUGACGCAGCCGGUACCAACGGUCUUUCCUUAGCUCUCGAGGACCGCGAAUUGUGGACGCGCUUCCAGUGCAUCACCAACGAGAUGAUCGUUACCAAGAACGGAAGACGGAUGUUCCCGGUCGUAAAGGUGGUCGCUCGGGGCCUGGAACCGGCCGCCAUGUACACGCUGCUUCUCGAAUUCGUGCAGGUCGACCCGCACAGGUGGAAGUACGUGAACGGCGAGUGGGUGCCCGGGGGUAAAGCCGAGGUCGCGCCUCCGAACCCGAUCUACAUCCACCCCGAGAGUCCGAACUUCGGGGCCCACUGGAUGAAGGAGGCCGUCUCGUUCGCCAAAGUCAAGCUGACCAACAAGUCCAACGGAAACGGACAGAUAAUGCUGAACUCGCUGCACAAGUACGAGCCCCGAGUCCACCUCGUUCGCGUCGGUGCCGAGGAGCAGCGAACGGUCCUGACGUACAGAUUUCCAGAAACGCAGUUUAUCGCCGUGACGGCUUACCAGAACGAGGAAGUGACUAGUCUCAAGAUCAAAUACAACCCGUUCGCCAAGGCGUUUUUGGACGCCAAGGAGCGGCCCGCCGACUCGCAGUCCUACCCGCAAUACAGCGGAGCCUGGUUUCUGCCGCAGCCGUCGAUGAACUACGACUAUCCCGUCGCUCCGAAUCAGGCGAGCAACAGCAGCCCCAACGCCGGACUGUCCUCGUCGCCCUGUGGCAUCUCCCCGAGCGGUCACAAGAGCACCUGUCGACCCGCGCCCUACACGCUCAGGCAUAAGUAUAUUCAGGAGGAGCAACACGUGGACCCGUACGGACCGGUACCACUGCUGCACUCGAGCGCCUACGUGAGCGGCUGGUCCCCGCGAAGUCCCGAGCAGCAGCAGCAGCAGCUGUCUCUGCAACCGGACUGGCCCUCGUCCCCGUCGCCGUCCCCGACCUCGCCGUACCAGAAUCUGGGCCAGCACAGAGUCGCCACCAACAGCCCGUCGCUCUACACUCCGGCUGGGAACCCUGUCCAGGAGCAGUGCGCCGGAGAACAGCAACCGACCAGCUGGUUGCACCCCAGCGUGUCCGAGCAGAUUCAACAGCAGCAGCAGCAGCAGCAGCAGCAGUCGUACCUCAACUUGAACCUGCACCUGCAUCACCAGAUCUCCUACACGAACGGCACGGCCCUGCAGCAGCCGAUCCAUCCCCAGGAGUCUCCGCUCCACGACUACCCCGAGUACCCGCACCCGCAUCACCAUCACCAGCAGCACCAUCACGAGGCAGCCCAGCAGCAAGCUCAUCACUUGCAGAUGCAGCAGCUACACCAGCAGCACCAGCCCCGUCACGCUGACAACCCGAACGAGGCCGUCAGUUACGACACGAAGGAGCCUCCACCGCCGCCGAUUCAUCAUCACCAUCACCUGAACACACCUGCCGGAUACGAUCACGCCAGGGACGAGGAGUCUGAGCCUGUCCGAGCCGAGCACACGAUUCAGGUGGAUCGAAGAUUCAUCAGCCCAGUCGGGGUGGUCGAGCAUCAUAGACACGCUCAGCCGACUCCGGAAGAACAGGUCGCUGCGGAGGAGCAGCAGCAGACGCAACAGACUUGGACGCCUCUGACGCCUCCGCCACCGCCCCAGACGACGGCUAUUUGAUGAUAGCCGAAACGAUGGAAACUCGAGCACCAUUGCUAUACUUUAACAUUCAUUUCUGUGACACAAAACUCAACGAACGUUCUGUCGUUUUAAGAAAUAAAUACUUUAUUCAAUACCAGCACGUAGAGAAGAAAUAUUGAUAUAUUCCUUAUAGCUUUAAGGCAGUUAUAGCAUUAGCGACUCGAGUUGCAGGCCCGACCGAACAAACCG